GUCAGCGGUUUACACACCGCUGACGCGUUGCCUUGCACAGUGCGUCGUUGUAGCAUCCGUUUGAACCGCUGCGACGCCGGUGUUGCAACUCUCUUGCAUAUUCUUGCGUUGAUCAGCGAAUUGCACGCACACUGCUGGCAGCAAGCACAGUCAGCACCAGCUGUGAAGAUGCGAAGUCACCUAUUGCUCCUCGCAACACUCUCAAGCACUGCAGCACUGCAGGCGACGCGUCGACGCGCCAUUAAUGCCGCGUCAGCCGCGGUCGCGUCGGUGGUGCUGCCGCACGCGCCGGCGUCGGCCUUCGCCAACGCCGUGCCCGAGGCGGCGAAGUAUGCAGACAGAAAAAAGCGACGGGGCCCGGCACCGCAGAAUUUAGGGCUGAAGAACCGCGAGGCCGACGGCGCGGACGUGGAGACGCCGGAGCUGCGGUUGUGUGGCGCCGCACCGAACUGCUUCUCGACGACGCCCGACUCCUUCUCAGCCGAGCGGACCAUUGCUCCGUGGAAGGCGCCGAGCGGCAAAGAUAGGGCGGCCCUCGUAUCCGACGUCGACGCCGUCGUAAAAGGCUACCAGCCGGGGCAGAACGGUAUAGAUGGAGGCGGUUUCGAGGUCGACAAAGCCUCCAAGGACGGCUACUUCCUCGUCCGCUACGAGUCGCUGAAGAACGGCUACAUCGAUGACGUCGAGCUCGCGCUCUCUGAUAACGCGCCUUACGUCCUGCGCGUGCGGUCUUCUUCACGGGUCGGAUUCCUCGACUUUAACGUCAAUCAGAAGCGUCUCAAUAGACUGGCGGCGGACCUGCGCGCGCGGGGCUGGGCCGCGCCCGAGAUCACGGCGAAGACGCACCCCGACUACUUCGCCCAGAACGCGGGGCGCUAGCUAUAUAACUUAGUGGUACUGUGUUUUGAAGCCGUCGACGAGCGCAUUCGAGGCAUA